ACUUGUGGCGCUUUACGAAAGCUGUAUGAAGUGGCAGAGCUCCCCCAGCGCAACCGCAAGGCUUAUACACACAGAUUUAGUCUGAGCAGAGCCAGUGUGCCGCAAGGCUUUGACGCUGGCGAGAGGAUCCUGGGCUACGCAGAGGAGCCUUGCUAUCUCUGGUUCGUCAUGGAGUUCUGUGAAGGAGGAGACCUCAAUCAGUAUGUGCUCUCACGAAGACCCGACCCAGCGACAAACAAGAGCUUCAUGCUGCAGCUGACCAGCGCCAUUGCCUUCCUGCACAAGAACCAUAUUGUCCACCGGGACCUGAAACCAGACAACAUCCUGAUAACCGAGAAGUCCGGCACCCCUGUUCUCAAGGUGGCUGACUUCGGGCUCAGUAAAGUCUGCGCCGGCCUGACUGCUCGGGGCAAGGAGGGCGGGCAUGGGAACAAAAAUGUGAAUGUGAACAAGUACUGGCUGUCUUCGGCUUGCGGCUCCGAUUUCUACAUGGCACCCGAGGUCUGGGAGGGACACUACACUGCCAAGGCCGACAUCUUCGCCCUUGGCAUCAUCAUCUGGGCCAUGAUUGAGAGGAUAACUUUCAUCGAUGCAGAGACCAAGAAGGAGCUGCUGGGGACCUACAUCAAACAGGGGACUGAGAUUGUGCCUGUUGGGGAAGCGCUGCUAGAAAACCCAAAGAUGGAGCUGCACAUCCCUCAGAAACGCAGGACUUCCAUGUCUGAGGGGAUCAAGCAGCUCUUGAAAGACAUGUUGGCUGCUAACCCACAGGAUCGACCUGAUGCCUUUGAGCUUGAAACCAGAAUGGACCAGGUUACAUGUGCUGCUUAA